AAUGGCGAAUCCGGAAAAGAAAUGGAUGAUGACAAAGACGCCAAUAAAUCUGAGAUCAGCUUAGUGUUUGAAAUUGCUCUGAAGCGAAAUAUGCCCGUCAGUUUCGAGGUCAUUAAAGAAAGCGGACCACCACAUAUGAAAAGCUUUGUUACGCGGGUGUCCGUGGGAGAGUUCUCUGCAGAAGGCGAGGGAAAUAGCAAAAAGCUCUCCAAGAAGCGCGCUGCGACCACCGUCUUACAGGAGCUUAAGAAACUCCCACCUCUUCCUGUGGUUGAAAAGCCAAAACUAUUUUUUAAAAAACGCCCUAAAACCAUAGUCAAA